UGCUUUGUUUUACUUUCUUUUUUCUUUUUUCUUUUUUUGGUAGAGAAGAAAAGGUGAAGCAAAGGAAACGAUAUGACGCUCUCGACAUCUCUGAAUUCGCUCUCUGUAAUCCCCAAAGCCUCUCCUUCUAAACACCCAGUAAUAUUCAACCUCCUACAAACUCCAUCGUUCAGAAUUCACCUCAAACUCAACCCCAUUUUCAAACCCUCCUCUCUUUCUCUUUUCACCCAACCAUCCAGACUCACACCCAAAACCCAAUAUUUUCAAACCCCCAAGAUCCGCUCCCUUUUCACCGGCAUCGUCGAGGAAAUGGGUGAAGUCAAGCAAUUGGGUAAGGCCGAUCAUGGCGGCUUCGAUCUCAAAAUACUCGCCAAAACAGUUAUACAAGAUGCCCACCUCGGUGACAGCAUCGCCGUUAAUGGAACUUGCCUAACCGUGACGGAUUUCGAUACCCAUUUGGGAGAAUUCACGGUUGGCUUGGCUCCUGAAACUCUGAGGAAGACCUCAUUGAGUGAACUGAAACCUGGAUCAUUGGUGAAUUUGGAGCGAGCCAUCCAGCCCACGGGUAGAAUGGGGGGUCAUUUCGUGCAGGGACACGUAGAUGGGACUGGGGUGAUUGUGGGGAAAGAGGUGGAAAAGGAUUCAUUGUGGAUUAAAGUUAAGGCUGAUAAGAACCUGUUGAAAUAUGUGGUGCCGAAAGGGUUUAUAGCUGUGGAUGGGACUAGUUUGACUGUGGUGGAUGUGUUUCAAGAGGAACUUUGUUUCAAUUUUAUGUUGGUGGAUUAUACUCAACACAAAGUGGUGAUCCCUUUGAAGGAAGUUGGGAAAAAGGUGAAUUUGGAGGUUGAUAUUCUUGGCAAGUAUGUAGAGAGGCUUCUUAGAAGUGGUUUUGUUGAUUCGAUCAAAAGCUCAUGAGCUGCAGAAAAUUUUCAAGGUAAAGGUGCUCUCAACAUCAGAGAUAAAACGGAGAACUCAGAUUCCAAAAUGCAUAGUAAAAUUUGAAAUUCAGGAAUCCAGAGGCAAGAAGUUUCGAAUUGUUGAUCGGUUGAUUCCAGCAAAGUGUACUUUUACUAGGGGAUAACCUUCAUAAGUAGAACUUUUU